AAAAAGAACCGAUUCUGAAUCUGGACUGAUUCACGAGUCGAGAGGAGCGCGCCUCGGAUGCUGGUGGCUACGUCAGUUGAUGCGCGUGAGCCGUUCAAAAUAUUUCCCCAAAAUUGGACAGCAGAAAGAGCCGCUGGGAUUCAGGGAUGGCAGAGGCGCAUCAGGCGGUAGCGUUCCAGUUCACUAUAACUCCAGAGGGAAUAGACUUGCAGCUGUCUCAUGAGGCACUCAGACAAGUCUAUCUUUCCGGUCUUCGCUCCUGGAAAAAACGCAUCGUACGCUUAAAGAACAAUGUAAUAACAGGUGUGUAUCCUGCAAGCCCUUCAUCCUGGCUGUUUGUGGUCAUAGCAAUCCUGGCCACCAUGUACACACGCUCUGAUCCCUCCAUGGGGCUCAUCGCCAAAAUCCAGGAGCAUCUGCCUGCCAGUGGUUCAAUGAGUAUGCAGUGCCAGACAGUCGUGUCUGCUGUGCUGUUCAGUACUCUGCUGUGGCUGUCUUUGAUCUUCACUAUGAAGCUGUGUCUGAAGCAGCUCCUUUCAUACCACCGCUGGAUGUUCGAGCAGCAUGGCAAUGUGUCCACCACCACAAAAGUCUGGGUGAUGUUGGUAAGGAUCUUCUCUGGUCGGCAGCCUCUACUCUACAGCUACCAGGGCUCCCUGCCUAAUCUGCCAGUACCUGCCAUCAAAGACACUGUGAAGAGGUAUUUAGAGUCAGUGCGCCCACUGAAGAGUGAUUCUGAGUUUGAGAGGAUGACCAAUCUAGCUAAAGAGUUUGAGGACAGUCUAGGCAGCCGGCUGCAGUGGUACCUCAAGCUCAAGGCGUUGUGGGCCUCCAACUAUGUGAGCGACUGGUGGGAGGAGUACAUCUACCUGAGAGGACGAGGUCCCAUCAUGGUGAACAGCAACUACUACGGCAUGGACUUCCUGUAUGUGACCCCAACACCGAUCCAGGCGGCAAGAGCAGGGAACACUCUGCAUGCUGUCCUCAUGUAUCGCAGACGGCUGAACAAGGAGGAAAUCAAACCUAGUCGUAUUCCUGGUACCUUUAUUCCAUUGUGUGCAGCUCAGUGUGAGAGGAUUUUCAACACCACACGCAUUCCAGGAGAGGAGACCGACACAGUGGUACAUUGGCAGGACAGCGAGUAUGUGGCAGUGUAUCACAGGGGGCGCUAUUUCCGCCUGUGGCUGUACCAGGCCGGCCGGAUGCUGUCCCCACGGGAGAUAGAAUACCAGAUCCAGCGUAUCCUUGACGACCCGUCCCCCCCAGCACCAGGAGAGGAGAAACUGGGAGCUUUCACUGCAGGAGACAGAAUUCCCUGGGCUAAGGCCAGAAAGGAGUUCUUCAGCUCUGGUGUGAACAAGAGAUCUUUGGACUGCAUUGAAAAGGCUGCCUUCUUUGUUACUCUGGACGAUGAUGAGCAGGGCAUGAUGGGAGAUGAUCCAGCUGCUAAUGUUGAUCGUUAUGCCAAGUCCCUCCUACAUGGAAAAUGCUAUGACAGGUGGUUUGAUAAGUCAUUCUCAGUGGUGAUCUUUAAGAACGGAAAGAAUGGCCUCAAUGCUGAGCACUCCUGGGCAGAUGCUCCUAUUGUCUCUCAUAUGUGGGAGUACGCUCUCGCUACAGAUAGCUUUCAGUUGGGUUAUAACGAGGAAGGCCACUGCAAAGGAGACGUCAACCCUUCUCUACCGCAGCCACAAAGGCUAACAUGGGACAUCCCUAAACAGUGUCAGGAGCAGGUUGCUCAGUGUCUUGCAGUUGCACAACCACUGGCCGAUGACAUCGACUUCCAUGUAUUUGCAUUCCGAGACUUUGGCAAAGGGAGCAUCAAAAAGAUCAAAAUGAGUCCUGACGGCUUCAUUCAGUUAGCUCUACAGCUGGCAUUCUACAGGGACAGAGGAGUGUUCUGCCUGACGUAUGAGGCGUCUAUGACCCGUCUGUUUCGUGAGGGCAGAACGGAGACGGUGCGUUCCUGCUCAAGUGAGAGCUGUGCUUUCAUCAAGGCUUUUGAGAACGGAGAGGAUGUAGAAGUCUGUAGGCGUUUGAUCAGAAAUGCAUCUGAAAAGCAUCAGAUGCUGUACCGACUGGCCAUGACAGGGGCAGGAAUAGACCGGCAUCUCUUCUGUCUCUAUGUUGUGUCCAAGUAUCUGGGCAUCGAGUCACCCUUCCUCAAAGAGGCAUUGUCUGAGCCUUGGCGUCUCUCUACCAGUCAGACUCCUUUCCAACAGCUGGAACUUUUUGACUUUGUUAACCAUCCAGACUACAUCACCUGUGGAGGUGGUUUCGGACCUGUUGCUGAUGAUGGAUAUGGUGUGUCCUACUCCUUAAUUGGAGAGAAGAUAAUCAGUUUUCAUGUGUCUAGCAAGCACUCAUGCCCUGACACUGACUCUCAUAAGUUUGGGACACAGAUCAGAAAGGCCUUGCACGAUCUUUUGCAGCUCAUGACCAUCAACCAAAGUGAUGCAGCGGGAAGCGAGCAGAACCACAGCUCAAAAACCCAGAACAAGAAAGAGCUGUAGGACGUGUAGGAGGAGGGCACUAGUGGAUUAGGGAAGGAUUAGGGUGUUUUGGACACUUUUGGUUAGGUAUUGUUUCAUGUUUCAGGGUUUUGGCAUCAUGCAAGGCACUGACAAGAAAUUUGAGUAGAUUUUAGAGAUUGUUUGGUUUGUUUUUCGUGUGUGUGGUAUGUAUGUGUGUGUGUGGUAUGUAUGUGUGUGUGUGUGUGUGGUAUGUGUGUGUGUGCCAAGGGACCAGAGGCAGGAUAGAACCACUGAAAGUGAGAUUAUUCUUAAGCGUUUAAAGGUAAGAAAGAUGAAAUCGCCAGGCAGCGAGGAACUGUAGCAAAGAAUUAAGAAGAGGUGUCUGUUCCUGUCAUAAUGCCUUAAAAGUGCAGGGGGUCGGUAUAAACAAGUAGAAUGAAUCUCUUGCGUGCAGUGUUCACAGUAGCUUUUGGUGCCGCAAUCUGGUUUGGUGUGAUCUGAUCUUUCAUCCGUCCCUCUCACCCCCAAGCUGUCAUUGCGCACCUCCUUCAUAUAGCAUUUUAAUGAAUGUAAGGAGUUACCACUCUUGGUACCACUCUUGAGCUCACUUUAAAAGUCACUUUAAAAACAGCAAGAGGCGACUGAUUGAUUACACAGAGACGUUAACGACCACUUCUUUAUCCUCUCCCUGCAUCUUUAAGAUCCCUUGGUUUAGAUCUAGACAAAGAUAAGACUUAAGGGUUUCAGUUUAGAAUCUACAUUUGGUGCGUUCUGUCAUGGAUUAGGUUUAUAGGAGCAAUGUGCAACGUGCAGCAUCUAGCUGUUCCAUAUUGCUGCUGUAUGUUAAUGUUUUUACAUGCUUUACAUUUAUGAAGCUUUUCUUUCACUCCAUUAAGCGGUCUGAACUCUAAAGUCUGAACUUUUUAUGACGUCCCAUGUCUAUUCUACUUCACUUGACUCAAUGAAAUGGUCACUAACAAAAAGAGCUGCACAGAAUGAAGCUGCCUCACACUUGCUUUAAGGGGAAAAUACUUCAUAGCAAGUAGAAAAUAUAGUAAUACUUACAGUAAUAUAGUAGAUAUGUCAUGGGACUGACCUUGGACUGAUUUUUAGGAUGGGAUUAUUACUUUGUGUUCCAGUGAUAUUGAGCCAUGUGCAAAAGUAACACACACAGUCCAGUCAGAAUAUUAUGAUGUCUUACCAUAUUUUUCGCAGUAUAAGGCGCACCAGAUUAUAAGGCGCAUUUUAUGCAAUACUAGUAUGAAACAGGGGUGUCACCAUGUUUUCCUUCUAAUUUAGUAGGUAAAGCUAAGCUAAGUUAUCAAAACUGUAAUUCUUUAUAAAAAAAAAAUAAUAAUAAUCAAAUGAGUCAGACAAGUCAAAUGAGUGCUGGAUGUUAAUCUACACAAAUUUCUCUCCUGAAAACUGUUUAUUUGGGUUAGUAAAGCACUUCCAUUUAUUUACAGAUUUCCACUAAAGCUGGAGCAUUAGUAUUAGCGGCUAACAGCUAGCAGUUAAUGCCGUCCAACAGCUCUACACUUAGGAACCCUGAGUUAUUGGUUAAGCUAAUACUGCUGGAGAACUAAACUGAAACUCCUAUAUAACUCUGUACUUCAGCAGAGUGGCUUUACUGCUCCUUACAACCUGACUGGUAAAAUUCAUACAUAAGGCGCACUUAUGAUUUUAAGGAUUUUAAGUGCGCCUUAUAUUGCGAAAAAUACAGUAUUUGUUUCUACACACAUUGAUCAUUUUAUCAGCUCUAUUGAUCAUAUAGAAGCACGUCCUAGAUCUUUAAUUACAGACUACAGUCCUGUAGUUCUGGUUCUCUGCAUCGGUUAUUAUUCUCCUUUGACCCUGUUCUUCAGAGGUCAGGACCCCAGAGGACCACCACAGAGCAGCUGUUAUUUGGAUGGUGAAUCAUUCUCUGACAUGGUGUGCGCUGUGCAGCAGAGCUGCUGGAGGUUUUAAACGCUGUGUUCCCUUUACUGUCCACUCUUAUUAGACUAGCGGGUCCACCAUGUAGAUGUGUAUAUGUUUUAGAUCCAGAAGCUCAUUUGUUGCUGCACUGUUCAUGUUUGUUAUACUCUAGUCCUUCAUCAAUGCCCACAUGAAGCAGCUCAUAGGCCGAUUUCCACAAUGCUCAAUGCAGUUGACUUGAUAUUUUGAGUGUGGACUAUUCUCAGUGGGGUUCUAACAAGGGGAACAGAUACAGGACUACAGUCUGUAAUUAUACAACUGGAAAAUACUGCUAUAUGAUCAGUGGGUCUAAAAAUUAAUGCAGACACAGAAUGUAGAAACAUAUUGUGGUCUCAUAUUCUGUCUAAAGUGUGUGUUUGUUGCGUGGUGUGGCCGGUCAUGAGAGACAUUAAUGCGGGGCAGAAGUGAAUCUCUGAACUGGCAGUGGCUUCAGUACUGAACUGCAGUGAUUAGUCUCACAUAGAGUAGAAAUUCAGACUUGCUUCUUCUUCUUCUUAUAAAAAAAAACAGUGGGAAACUGUAUGAUGGACCUUUAAUGAACCAGUCAUGGGUUUUUGGUCUUGAUGUAUUUUACCUGAAUGAAGAUAUUUAAAGAUAUUAUUAUUUUUUUUUCUUUUCUCUAAAAAGCGUUACUGAUAUUUACCAUAGGAAGAUAGCUGCUCUGUGUAAGCUGCUCAACAGUUUACUCAUUCACAGUGAAGCAAACUUCACCUUAAAUGAAGGUAACAAACAAAAAAAAAUUACAUAGUAUUUAGAAGUGUUUAGUACAUGGCGUAUAGCAAUUAAUGUGCGCAUUACAACCUACUUGAGUACCAUUUUAAUAUUGAACCGAGGACAGAGGAUCAUGCCUGAAGAGAAUAUGCCUGUGCAGUCUUGAGGGCUGCAGACGGCAUCUCAGUGACGGCAUGGUGAUAUAGUUUUACUGCCUCGGAGAUGAAGUUGCAUUGGAGAUAAUGUAGGGUUCCCAUUGCAACAUUAGUGUAACGUGCGAACAGCUGGACUAAAAAAUUGUAAGCAUGAUUAAGAGAUUAGCCAGAUAAAGGUGAGGAAUCCAAGGCGAGCUUGAAUGUUUAGUGCUGCAGCGCUUUUUUAGCUCAAACUUCACACAGACAAUUACACAGACAUGAUAAUGAGGGGGUUUUACUUGAUUAUUAAUUAUUAUUAUUGUUAUUAUGGUUAUGAUUAUUACUAUUUAAACAAGUAUGCGUACUGCUCUUUUUGUUAUUCUAGAUUCUUUACCAGAGGUAUUGUUACAACUGCCAUAGUUUGAACAGCAGUGCUGUUCUAUUUCCUUCAUGUGUACAUUUAUUCCUGAAGCAGCAGCUCGUAUCCAUGCUUAUGGACCUAAUUAUGUAAAGAAAAUAAGUUGUUCAGCACUGAGUUUACUUGUAAUUUAUAUAUUUCAUUACCUCCUUUCAUGGCCUGUACACAUUGACGUAAUGACCACUGUAUGCAUUGAGUCCUGAUUGCUGUUGUUGUUGGUACUGUGAUUAUUACCGUCAUGUUUUUAUUCUGUUACUAAAGCCAGAAUCAGAAAUAGCGAGCGCAUUCAUAGUGCAGAUCUAAGGCAAUCAUUUAGACAGAGCCUGGUCACAUCCUUUCACUUUAUACCUCAUUUCUGCACUUAUCAGUCCAUCCGCUCCUUCUUUGGGCCAGUACUGUCCUGUAUUCUUGAUGCUAAACUGCACAGCAAUGACAAAGAAAGCUGUUAGCGUAUGAUGUUUUGUUCGCCUUCUCUGCUUCUUCCCACUUGCUUUUUUCUUUCCAGGCUUGUGUACAGCAGGGCUUUAAUCUUUCUCUGUUUGGUCUUACUGUAGUGCGCUUCUGUAUUUUAUACAUAACUAAAAGAAAAUCAUGAAACACUGAAAUCACUUUUUUAAAUAAAAAGAGAUUGAAGCACA